AUGUGGUAUUCUGCGCUAGGUGUUUCCCUACUGGCCUCGGCUGCCACCGUGCACGCCGGGUCUCUGAAGGACAUUAAGCACAUUAUCCUCUUCAUGCAGGAGAAUCGAUCCUUUGACCACUACUUUGGCACCAUGCCUGGUACGAGGAACUUUGGCGAUCCCAACGUCCACAUGAACGAUGGCGUGCCUGUAUGGAAGCAAAAGAUCAAGACCCCGCAGAAUGGAGUCAGUUACAUGACUCCCUGGCACAUAAACUACCUCGGUGGUGACUGGCCGGAAGCAACCCAGUGCAUGGGUGGCGGCUCCAACGGCUGGGAGGCCAUGCACGGUGCUUGGAACAAUGGAAAGGGCGAUGGGUGGGCUCUCUACGAUACUGACUAUAGUAUGGGCUAUUACACGCAGCGGGAUGUCCAGACGCACUGGGACAUUGCAAAUGGCUGGACCAUCAUGGACAACUCGCACCAGAGCGUGCUCGGUGUCACAGACCCCAAUCGCAUCAUGUGGAUGAGCGGCUCGGUCAAUGCAAAAGGCUCGCCCACAAAUCCCAAUGGCGAAGACGGCAACAUUCUCUCCAACCGCGCUAGCCCUGGAUGCGACCGACCCAAGGUCAACUGUUUUCCCUUUGUACACAAGACGGUUCCAGAGCACCUCGAGGAAGCAGGGAUCACUUGGCGCGUCUGGCAGGAUUUCGACAACUUUGAGGAUAACAUGCUGGCCUACUUCAAGCAGUACCAGGAUGCUCCUAGUGGUAAUGUGCUUCGCGAUAACGGCAUCUCUUUUCCCGGUUUGCAAGCCUUUUACGACGCAUGUGCCAAUGGUACUCUGCCCCAGGUUAGCUGGAUUGUUGGCCCAGCUGAGCAGACGGAGCACGCCCCCAACAUGCCCAUCGACGGCGCCUGGCUGCAUAAGAACAUUGUCGACGCCGUUAUGCAUAGUCCUGUAUACAACGAAACGGCUCUCAUCAUUAGCUACGACGAGCAAGGUGGCUGGGCUGAUCACGUCAUCCCUCCCGUCGCGCCUAGUGAUGCUGCCGGCGAGUGGAUUGAGGACCCCUUUAAUCCGGCCAACGGUGUUGUGCCCAUUGGCCCUGGCCCUCGUGUACCUCGCUUUAUCGUCUCUCCUUGGACGCGUGGCGGCCACGUCUUUACGGAGACUGGCGAUCACACCUCGGACAUCAUGUUUCUUGAGGCUUGGGCCGCAGCAAACGGCUACAAUCUGAGUGCAUCCGGCAUAACACCCUGGCGCCGCGAGCACAUGACUGACAUGGUCAACGCCUUUGACUUUGAGAAUCCCGACUACUCGUUGCCUCAUCUUACCCCUGUCCGUACCCCUGAAGCUCGCCCGGACAACAACUGGAGCGGCAACCUGUCACUGGGCUCCUUAUCCGGCCCUUGGGUUGGACCAGCUAAGUGUCAAAAGGGGUUUGCCCAUGGCAACUAUCCCACCAUCCCCUAUGGCGAAGAAAACGCCGGGCAGAACAUGGCCUCGCUCGUCGAGGACGGUUAUAAGCUUGUACGGGGAGCCAUCACUGAGGGUCGCUUCGUCACAAUCGAGAGCGACGGGUUGGCCCUGGCACGCAAUCGUAGAGCCAGGGUUCUCGGCGUCCAAGCGUUCGAGAAGCACGACCAGAUCAAACAACGCUGGAUCCUCCACAGCGCCGACGGCAAUCGAUUUGGAAACAGCUACUACCUCCAGUCCGCCGUCGACAAUAUGUACAUUGCCGGCGAUGGCGGCCUUACCAAGGACAGCAAGAUGGCACAAGCAUUCAUCUUUGCCUACACUGCUGCUGGAUCGACAUAUACUCUGAGCAUCGGGGACGGGAAGUACCUCAGUUUCACUAAAAAGGACAAGGUCAACAAGACGUGCCGCGAUGUCGGCAAGGUAACGUUUAGUAACAAGGCCACCAACUUUCAAGUCUUUGGGGUCAACUACCGCUCUUGA